GUGAUGAAGUUUCCUAAAUAGGACGUUCAGUGUCACUUCUGGCUGGCCAAUCAAACGCAGUCUUGUCUGUGACAAGUGGAGAAACGAGAAUUAGUUUUCAUUCAGCACGACAAUUUGAACACGAUGACAUCUCCAAAGUUUGUCUUCUAUCUGACAUGUAUGUUCUUGGGGAAAAUGGCUCAGAUGACUGAUCUGAAAUCCUCCUCAUCUGCUAAUCAAGAGAGAGGUUUUGUGUCCGCUAAAACUGGGGAAAACUUGACUUUGCAAUGUUCCUAUGAGAGUAAUAUUGCUGCAAGGCGUUACUGGUAUAAACAGACUCUGGGACAGAAACCAAGGCUCCUCUCUACCUUCUACAAAUAUGAAAAAAAUGCAAAAUUUCAUGAUGAAUUCAAGAACGAUCCACGCUUCACAUUGGAUACUGAAAACAGUAACAAUCACUUGAAGAUAACAGAACUGCAAAUUUCGGACUCAGCAACUUACUACUGCGCAAAAAGCCAUUCAUACAAUUUUGAAUUCAUGGAGGGCAUUGAAGUCAGUGUACAGGGUUCAGGUCUGAACGUCCCAGCUUUGGUCCAACAUUCAUCAUCUGAGACCGUCCAGCCAGGAGGCUCUGUGACUCUGAACUGUACAGUACACACUGGGACCUGUGAUGGAGAAUACAGUGUUUACUGGUUCAGAAACUCUGAAGAAUCUCAUCCAGGACUCAUCUACACCCAUGGAGGCAGGAAUGAUCAGUGUGAGAAGAAACCCAACACACAAACACACACCUGUGUCUACAACCUGCCAAUAAAGAGCCUGAACCGGUCUCAUGCUGGGACCUACUACUGUGCUGUUGCCUCAUGUGGACACAUACUGUUUGGAAACGGGACCAAGCUGGACUUUAAAGAUGAGGAAGCCUCUCUUGUCUUGGUGUAUUUCUUGAGUGGAGCUUUGGCAUUCACCACCAUCCUGGUUGUUAUACUGGCUCUCUCAGUGUACAAGGUGAACAAGAGAAACAGCUGCCAAUGUGCAGAGUCUCGCGGAAGAUUAUCAGCUCCCUCCACAGAAAAUGCAGAGGGUUACAGAGACGCAGACAGCCUCCAUUAUGCUGCUUUAAGUGUCAACCUGCCCAACAGAUCACGGAGACCGAGGAACAACACCAAUGAUGAAUGCGUGUACUCCAGUGUAAAGCAAUAGAUCUGGACAGGUUCCAUUUCUACUUUUACAAUAAAAACUGGAUUUAGUCGUAUUUCAAGGUAGAUUAUGAGAUGUAUGUGUAUAUCUUCCUUGUGCUCUGCAGUCAAAAGUUGCAGCUCAGUGUGCCUAGGAAUUCUGUUCAUAUUUACAUCUCACGGUUUACACCCGAUGCCAACAUUCAGU